GGGAAAGAUGUAUGAUUCUCGUUGUAACGGCCAUCGUCUGCGCAAAUGCAGAUGCGAGAAGCCUGGUGACCUCGGACAUAACGACUACAUUGGUGGACCACCAGAUACAAAGUAAAAAUGAAGUUCCUAAGGCCAUCGCAAGAAAUGAGCAAAUGUGGUCGCUAUGCCAGGAAUAUGCAGCACAAGUCGUCGAAUUUUUUAGCAAAAACGAGACGAAGUCUGAUAUUAUCAGCACGCUGCAUCAAGCUUGCUCCCGCCUUCAUGACUUCAAACAUGAGUGUGCUUUGAUGGUGGACUAUUUUGCACCUUUGUUCUUCACGGAGAUUUCUACAACACAGCCAGAGCUGUUCCGUGAAAAGGUGAAUCUAUGUGGGAAGAUGGUACCAGUCAGUCUACCUAAGCGUAGCGAUGCUUGCACUCUUUGCCAUCAUGUUGUUGCAGAAGUUCUUAACAAACUGCAUAUGCCUGAUACACAGCUUGAGAUAAUAGAGACACUUAUGAAGGGAUGCAGCAAGCUGCAGGACUUUGUGCAGGAGUGCAAGCAGUUGGUCUUUCAAUAUGGCCCGGCAAUUGUUGCGAAGGCAGAGAAAUAUCUCGAGGGCAAGGAUAUCUGUGCUCAUAUCCACGAAUGCAAAUCUGCUUCUCUUGGAGACCUGCUCCUUUCUUCUGCUUGAUUAAUGUAUGCAAUUUUACGUCAAAUGUGAAG